UUGCAAGCUAUGCAUUCGCCCGCUCAUUGCGAGCGCCAAUCCUCUGAAUGCAUAAUUUGUCAGUGCGUGCCUUUCGUUCGGCAGCACUCGGCUUACAGACAGUACCCUUGGCGACGCGUCCCGGUAGACUUUUCCACGCGUCAACCCGCCUAAGAGCUGCUGACGAUAGCAGUAGUACACCCAAAGGCGACGGAAGUAAACCAGAGAAUGAAAUACAGACUCCAGAGGAUGGUAAGGCGGACGACGAGAACCUCUUCGCGACAACUGAUGGGAGUCACGGCCGUAAAAAGGGCGGGAAUGGCUUGAGGUUACGCAUGACUAGGAAUCACAAGCCUGAAGAGCUCCCCCUUGUGAUCAUACCCCAGUCAUUUGUCUCUAAAGCUGUCUGCCGUCUUGAGGAUAUCAAUGUGAGCGCCAAGCUCAGUGUUAUAGACGAAAGGGACGCCCGUACAUUUCUGGAAAAUGCAUUACUUCAUCCAAAAGCAUACUUCAAGUUUGAAGAGCAUAUCACUUACAUACUCGAAGCUGCGGCUUGGACUGAGGAGACCCUGAGUGAAACCCUCAGGGCUCUUCAAUCUAGCAUAGGCUUUGAUGAAGAGUUCAUACAUAAAAAGGGCGAUAUUCUGGUAGCUGCCGCUUUCUGGGCCGUGAUUAAGUCAGCUCAUGCGAUACACGGACUUAAGGCCGUAGAUGAAUUAUUCGAACAUAAUUCAAUUUCGAGCUCUGGGCAUCUAUUUACCGCUCUCAAUUAUACACGGCUACUUGGUAAUAAGCGCCAGACACCUCAUCCGAGUCAAGCUCGGGAUAUAAUACAGCAUGUAGUGGACCACUCGGGUCUGCAGGAACAUCCCGUCUCCUGGUUUUCACCCGACUUGGUUAGCGAAGUUACGGCCUACGUCCGUGCCGACUUACUAGUCAAAGCCCCGAAAAACACGAAGCUUUCCGAGCUACGCCGGCCCAUUACUCUUAUUAACUUCUCUGAUUAUUCGGGUUAUUCCGUACCUCACGAUGUCGUGCGCAGCAUUGCCCAUCGGCUAGAAUCUGACGUCCUUCACUUGAGAGCUGUUGAUAUUGCGCAUAUCGUCGGAGAUUAUCUUGGGCAAGAUGCUGUUCGAGCACCUGGAGAAAUCUCGCAACUGGGAUACAAGGCCGCAAUAAACAGUGGAAGGCAACCUAAAAAGGAGGAUUUACUAGACGCUCUAGUGCAAAAACACAUAUCUGCCAUUUCCGUUGCAGUGACCGAAGAUACGGGUACGAAAGACAACAAAAAAUCCCUAAUGGACGGAUUCCUAUAUGUAUCGAAUAGAGGAAAGAGUGAAAGUCUCUGGAAUGAUUUGAAGAUCAACACGGCUCUAGAAGGAUUAAUCCAGUGCGCCGAUUCGGAGUCUACUGAACAAAGGCCGCUUAUUGUUCACAUAGAUGAUUUUAAUGCACUCAAUGUGGACCUACGCUGUCGCCCUAGCAUCAUAGACAGACUUCGAAAAAUUAUCGACGGACUCUGGACAGAUGGUAGACAAAUUGCUCUAGUCGGCUCCUGUUCGACCAAGCGUGCGCCAAGUUCUUAUUUGGCCUCACUACGAGAACUUGAAUCAACAGAGCGAGUAGUGAAUCUCAGUAUGGUUUCUCCGUCAGAUACAUAUGCGUCAUCGCGCGCGGACUCGGCUGUAAAAUGGGCUGCUUCCGACAUCAAGCGCGAUGCUCUAGAAAAAAAGGAUUACAUUAAGGAAAAUGAGGUCAAUAUUACGAAGGUAUUGUCCACAAUGGUUGAAUAUCCCUCCGAUACUGCCGAUGCUGCAAUAGCGACUACCGGAGAAAUAGGACUAUCUGGGCUGCAUAGGAUCAGACUGCCAAAAUCGUGGACAAGUAGCAUAUUGCCGCUCAAUGAGGUAUACCGCAUUGCUACCAUGAUGAUCGGUCGUCUUGAAAGCACGAACCCGUUAGAUGUGUUCAGCAUCAAAUCUGUAGAAAAAGUCGUUUCCGCCAUCAACAUGCUUGAGGAAGAUAGAACCUCGAAAGAGAACGAAGCAAAGAACCUGUGGAACAGAUUAACGCCAGGAGGCCUUCACUCGCCGCCCAACCUAUUCGGAAGUGCAGAAAAUGACCACGAAGCGAGACUCGAGUCGAGUCUUAUAAAGACGCAAGACAUCCGCACAACGUUUGAUGAUAUCCACGCAUCGAAAGAGACGAUCGAAUCAAUCAAAAUGUUGACCACGCUCUCCCUCCUACGCCCUGAAGCUUUUUCUUACGGUGUGCUCGCGACGGAAAGGAUCCCGGGAUGUCUCCUCUACGGCCCGCCGGGCACAGGUAAAACGCUACUAGCGAAGGCGGUGGCUAAAGAGAGCGGGGCCAACAUGAUCGAGAUUAGCGGGGCUACCAUCAACAACAAGUUCGUGGGCGAGAGCGAGAAGAGCGUGAGAGCGCUGUUCCAACUAGCCAAGAAAAAGGAACCUCUAGUAAUCUUCAUCGACGAGGCGGACGCAUUGCUAGGGAGUCGCGGCCACGGCGAAGUGCUCGGGAACGUGUCGAGACGAGAGACGAUCAACCAGUUCUUGAGGGAGUGGGAUGGCAUGGACAAGAUGAAGGCGUUUAUUAUGGUGGCUACGAACAGGCCGUUCGACCUAGAUGAGGCGGUGCUAAGGCGCCUUCCCCGGAAGCUGCUAAUCGACCUCCCGACCGAGGCCGACCGCGCGGCGAUCCUAAAGAUCCAUCUCAAAGGAGAGGAACUUGAUCCCGAGACGGUGUCUAUCGAGGAUAUCGCGAAGAGAACACCGCUAUACUCCGGUUCGGACCUGAAGAACGUGUGCGUGGCGGCGGCGAUGGCGGCGGUCAAAGAGCAGCUGGAGUUGGAGGAGCAGCUGAAGACUGGACAGAGAACUGGUACCGAUGACGGUAUGAAGAGGCGAGUCCUCCAGGCACGUCACUUUGAUAAGGCGCUCCGGGAGAUCGCGGCAAGUGUUAACGAGGAUAUGGCGACGCUGACGGCGAUCCGGAAGUUCGACGAUAAGUACGGCGACGGAGGGGCCUCUAGACGCCGUAGCCGGAAGGGUAUGGGGUUCCAGAUCGUGCCUGAGGGUACGGGGGUUGGAGAGGGGAGGAUUAGGAGUGGGCGGUGAGAUACCUAUGCACUCCUUGGGUUUACGGGUACGGAUGAGUAUACGCGGCUCGGCUCGUGGUAGAGUGUAGAGCCUUGUCAUAGCAUGGUAUGGUAGUGUCUAUCGAAUUGCUGUGUCUUUGCCCCCUUUUCUCCGUCUUCACUCCGAGGUCGAUCUUGGCCAAGAGCCUCUCUUUUCCGUGCCUUAGUUCAUUCACUUUCCCUCGG